AAAAGACCCCUUUAUAACCCUCUUAACAGAGCCUCAGACCAGCAGGAUUUGGGGGAGGGGGUCAUGGGAAAAAUCUUGUGAAUCCACUAUUGUCCCUAACUAUGUGUAUUUGGGGGAACUUGUAAAGGGAGGAGCUUCGUAAGAACUUCUUGGGGUUGGGCUUCAUCUUCUGCCAAUGAUUUACUUGUCCCUGUGUUGCUGAGUUGGGAGGUGAUUUAUCAGAAAGUUUAACAGGAAAAUUUUGCCAUUUCCAAGACCUCAAAUACUGGCCAACUUCAAGUUUAUGGCUGGAAGACUGUGUGAAGGUGAUCCGUGGCUCUGCGUGCGGUUAAAGGACAGGUGUGGGGAGAGACAUGGACGUGCUGAAGGGACUCCAGCUCUCCCUGUCGGUCAUCCUGCUGCUGGCCUGCGGCUUCCUCUACCAGCUCAGCCUCAAGUCCAACCGCCUCUUCUCCUGCCUGCCUCCCUUCAAGUCCCAGCAGAGGCUGGAAGCCCUCCUGAGCCAUGGACGCAGCAUUGUCUUUCUGGAGACCUCAGAGAGAACAGACCCGCCUCCGAUGGUCUCCUGUGCUGUGGAGUCUGCUGCCAAGAUUUAUCCGGGGCAGCCUGUAGCGUUUUUCAUGAAAGGGCUCAACAACUCCACACAGCUGCCCUCAAAUGCCACUCCUCCGGCCCUUUCUCUCCUCUCUGCAAUAGACAAUGUUUUCCUUUUCCCUUUGGAUAUGAGAACGCUGUUUGAAGACACUCCAUUGUUUUCAUGGUACACACGAGUCAACGUCAGUGCAGAGAGAAACUGGCUCCACGUCAGCUCAGACGCGGCCCGCCUGGCCGUCAUCUGGAAAUACGGCGGCAUCUACAUGGACACUGACGUCAUCUCCAUCAGGCCCAUCCCCGAGGAGAACUUUCUGGCGGCACAGGCUUCUCAGUACUCUAGUAACGGGGUGUUCGGGUUCCGAGCGCGCCACCCCUUCCUGUGGGGGUGCAUGGAGAACUUCGUGGAGCACUACAAUUCAGACAUCUGGGGCCAACAAGGACCGGCUCUGCUGACGAGGAUGUUAAAGCUGUGGUGUAGACCUGGAGAUUUCCAGGAGCUGCGCGACCUCCAGUGUCCCAACGUGUCCUUCCUGCACCCCCAGCGCUUUUACCCCAUCUCCUACCCGGAGUGGAGGCGCUACUACGAGGUCUGGGACACAGAGCCGAGCUUCAACGACUCCUACGCGCUGCACUUGUGGAACCACAUGAACCAGGAGGGGCGCGCGGUGGUGAGAGGGAGCCGCACGCUGCUGGAGAACCUCUACCGCAAGCACUGCCCCAGGACUUACAGGGACCUUAUUCAGGGCCCAGAGGGCUCGGCGACCCGGGGGCUGGGGCCAGGGAACAAGUAGAGCCAGUGCCCGGGGUUGUGGCUGGAGCGCAGGAGCCACGUUCCCUGCUGGGCCGCACUUGCGCUCCAUCUCCGGUUCUGCAGGGGCUGCAGACUCCGCGUGCCACUUAGGAUGAGCUCCGUCUAGGAUAGAACAGCCCCUGAGAACGGAGGCGAGGCGACAAACACAGGCAUUUAUUCCCUCUCAUGCAGGAAUGUGAAGGGCAGCAGUGCAGGGAGGGUGUGGUGACGACGGUCAGCAGGACCCUGGUUUCUGGCACCUUUCUGCUCACCACUCGAGGCUCUGUAGUCCAAGGUCUGCGUGGCCGCCUCUCUCCAGCCUUUGAUGCCUGAGAGCAGGGUGAAGGGGGGAGAAGCUUGUCCCUCCUUUAUUUCAUGAAGACUUCCUGCACGUUCUGCACAACACUGCCCCCUACAGCUCUCUGGCUAGAAUGUAGCUGCAAGAGAGGCCGGAAAAUUGAAGGAGUAAGAGAAAAUGGAUGUUAACUAUUUCGCCACAUGCUCUCUUGACUGCAGUAAGAUUCAUUUCAGAAUGUAUCAGAGCAUUAAUUGAAGAAAAGACACUUGAUUUCUAGACCA